UUGACAAAUCCAUACAGAAAACGAGAGGCUGCUAAAUUAAAUUCAAUUGUAUAGUAAUAGUUUUAUAAAUUAUUUCGUGAUGAAAUACAUCUCAGUUAGUUUGAUAUUAACUUUAAUAUUUGCUGGAUAUGUUAUUAAUACGAUAUGGACUCUAGCUGAAAUAUUCAUACCGCCCGAAUGUAGUCGUGGCGAACGAUGUUUUAGUUCCUAUUUAGCUUCAGAUCCAGUACAGCAUUUAGUUCUUUACACCUCUGUUAGAGAACAUCCGCACGCCGGUGAUCCCGCCUCAGAAGCGGUGACAAAGGUGCAUACUUCGGUGAAUUUCGACUACCGGAAUUCGGCUUCUAUUGACGUCACAUUGAAGAUUCCUCGCAGAACCCGCAAUAAUGGCACAUUGUUCAUGCAUGCGGUUCUCCUUGAUGAAGACCGGUUGUACAAGCAGUUUGAUGACAUCGUUAGGACAGAAACAUUGCAUACCUUGCCAUUGAUCACAUUUAUUGAACCACAGGCUGCCACAUUUAACUUAUUAAAUAAAGAUACCGAAGAGAAAAAUCCAAAGGUUCAUAAUGUAAAGCCCAUAGCUCAUAUAAACACCAUAGUUCCUCUGUCUGUUCUAACAGACAACUUAAAUCUUCCAUCUAACAAAAUACCUGGGGAAUUAUACUCUUUCAUAAGGUUACGCAACCGUAAGUUCUUGCCAAUUAUUCAGCACAAUGUACUGAAAUCUCGACUGUCAAACCUUCAGCCGUUGAACAGCAGCAGUUCUGAAGUGAACAUAACCGUCACUGUGUCACCGUCCUCAUAUGGCUCCUUACGUUUGGCCCUACAUGUCCGCCUGGCUUUGGAACAACUGCAUAACCUCGGAUUUAGCGACAAAGAUGUUGAUGAUGUCAAGGGUAUCUUUGCUGAUACCAAUCUGUACCUGCUGUCUGCAACGCUUUUGAUUGCUAGUUGUCAUUUGCUGUUCGACUUCCUGUCAUUCAAGAACGAUGUGUCAUUCUGGCGAAGCAAGCGUUCCCUGGGCGGGCUCUCAACUCGCACCGUGCUAUGGCGCGCGUUCUCGCAGCUGGUCAUUUUCUUCUACCUGCUGGACGAGCACACGUCGCUGCUGGUGCUGGUGCCGGCUGGCGUCAGCGCAGUUAUUGAGCUAUGGAAGGUGACGAAGAUCCUCCACGUGCGCGUCUCCUGGUCGGGCUGGCGGCCUCGCGUGUGGCGCGACGUACCGGACGCGGCCGAGCGCAGCACCGCCGCCGCCGACGCCGAGGCCAUGAAGUACCUGUCCAUGCUGCUGUACCCGCUGUGUCUCGCCGGCGCGGUCUACUCGCUGCUCUACGAGCCCCACAAGAGUUGGUACUCCUGGGCACUCCACAGCGUCGUGAACGGCGUCUACGCGUUCGGAUUCCUCUUCAUGCUUCCCCAACUCUUCGUGAACUACCGCCUGCGCUCCGUGGCGGCGCUACCGUGGCGCGCGUUCAUGUACAAGGCGUUCAACACGUUCAUAGAUGAUGUGUUUGCGUUCAUCAUCACUAUGCCGACCGCGCAUCGAGUGGCUUGCUUUAGAGAUGACUUGGUGUUCCUCGUGUAUCUAUACCAACGAUGGUUAUACCCGGUGGACAAGUCGCGAACAGACUCGGCGGUCAGUAUGGACGAGAACCCGGAAGAGUUGGAGCCGCUGAAAGAAAAAGCCGAAUAAGGUCUAUUAGUCCAAAUCGUCCAUGAGAUGUUCAAAAAAUCAUUUUGAAUUUGGUGAAAUCAUUUUGAGCAUUAGAAUAUACAAUAUUAAAGAAAAGACGCUUACCUACCACAAGGCUUUUCGUACAUUGACUUGCCUGUUGCUACCUCUAUUGUACAAUUAUAUUGCUGUCACGCUCGCACAGUGACAUUGACAGCCGGCAUCAUGGGCGGUACCGGUACCAGUUAUCAAUCUUAUUACCUAGGGAAUAGAGUUCAAAAAAUCAAGUGUUCGAAUGGCUAAAGUUUAUACUCUCUGUCUCUCACGGCCACGGCGACUGUUUCAGCUCCCUUGUUGAAGGCGUUCACUUUGCACCAAGAGAGAUUCUCUUGCACUAACAACAGCACACUUGACUGACGGAGUAGACCUUAUUUAAUUGUAAUAAGGUUUACAUAUAGCAUUAGUCUAGGAAUCCUCUAGACCGAGUUUAGAGCAACUAUUUCAUGCAACCGAUGAUCCCAAAAAUGCGGGGGUGCGCGGGACGAGGUGAGCGAAGUCCCGUGCCGUGAUUGGUCCGUUCAAAGACACGGACGUCACACAAAGACACUUUCGACUCGAACAUGGAGUAAAAUUACCGUAUGCGUGGCAGAGGGGGUAGCGCGACUAUGCUCAGUCUGGAGGAUGUUUUGUCUGUGACGUAUAAGUCAUAUAACUGCGUCAAUAGGGAAUAUUACGCGAAACUUUGCAUAGGGGACGCCACUACCACAAUCCAUCAUAAUCUGGGGGUCUACCGCGGUCUUGCAAUUCGAACGUCACAAAUCGUUGCAAAAAACGUCAAAAAUCGAUGACGUAAUUUAUGGACAGCUCCUCGUCAAAAACAGUUUAAGGCAAAGUAUGUAUAAGUUACUCUAUGGUUUGCUAAAGGCGCUAGUGCUGCCCUCUGGCGGCAGAACAUUGCAGUAAUAAUCACUAUUUUGGUUCUUAUAAUACUAUCUUUGUGGUUAAAUUCAUUUUCUUUUACUCAAGAACGCCGUCCGCGGCCAAAUUAUUCCAAAUAGGCUUUUUCAACAUCUCACGGACAUAAUAUAUAUGUAGAGAAGCUAGUUAUUUGGUUAUACCUAUAAUAUUGGAGACGGCUGCUUGUUUAUAUGAAUAUUGAAUAAGCGGAACUGUAUUGUUUUACUGUUAUUUAUUUGCUGUAUUUUUUCGGUACGUGUUCUGUCAACAAACAAAAUUGGUACGUAAUAUAACUCAAAUGUGCUCAAAAUUACACAAGUCUCGAAUCUGAAGCUGUAGGAUACGGUGACUGCUUACCAUUAGGCGGGCCGUAAUAUGCUUGUUUGACACCGACGUGGUAUAAAAAGUGUUUUUGUUCAUAAACGCCUUCCAAACCUCGAAUAGCUAUAGUUCGUUUGUCCUUGUCUGUCACUUUAACAUUUGCGUUUGUUAGAAACAGACAAUAAGGUACUUUAAAACUAAGUAGUAGAGGCUUGGUAAUGUUUAAUGAAUUAGUGGGUUCUCUUGACAAUGUAAAUCAGCAGAUAUUUCGAGCACAUAACUAGUCUAAUAAAACAUGGUCUUCUCUUCCCAGAGUGACACAAGCCUACGUCACAAUAACAUGGCCGCUAUAUAUAGCGCUAUCGCAUAUUAUCAUAUAGCUCUGUCGCAUGAUGACGUAGGCUUGUGUCAGUCAGGUGACCUAGAAAAGACGGGAAGAGAGUACCAGGCGGAGUAUAUUAUUAUACCAUGUUUCGAGCAUAUUGUGUAACUACUUUUGUUGCUGACUGUACAUUUUACGGUGCCAGAGGAGAACUUUUUUAUUUUGUGCAAUGAACUAGAAACGAUUCGAAAAAUGAAAUUAUUAAUUUAAGUUACGCUUAGACAUAGACUAGGAAUCCUCUAGACGUAGUUUAGAGUAAUUAUUUCAUGCAGCUGAUGCUGCCAAAUAUGCGGGGGUGCGCGGGACGAGGUGAGCGAAGUCCCGUGUCGUGAUUGGUCCGUUCAAACGACGUUCACGGACGUCACACAAAGACACUUUCGACUCGAACAUGGAGUAAAACUACCGUAUGCGUGGCAGCGGGGGUAGCGCGACUAUGCUCAGUCUAGAGGAUGUUUUGUCUGUGCGCUUAGAUUAGCUUUAUUUCUCAAAUGAACUGUGAACGAGGCUGUCUAAGGUGCUAAAAAGAUUUGCGCCAUUCCUGUUUGUUUAAUAUGAUUAACGCAUAUAAGUAUACUUGGUCAUUUGCUAAACUCCUGUUAACAUAACUGUAGAAUAAGCCCUGCACGGCUACCAUGAGUUGACAUUUGACAUUUACGCUGUCGACUGCACUUUCAAUUGCACCAUUACAUUAGUGCCAUAGUGCGAGCGAGAUAGACUGCGAUCGAGUUCACGAAGUCGCUAGCGUAAACACCAAGUAUCAACUCAUGGUAGCCCUACUAGUAUUUAGAAAUAUCUAUUGAGCAAUAAUUUGAACUUGCGUCUGAGUGUUGUAAGAAAAUUAGGAAGUAAAUUGCUAAACUAUGUUAAAUAUAUGGUAAAAAUAAUUUAUUGAAAUGCCUAAUGUGUAUUUUUAGUAAAUAGCACAACGAUAUAAAUUACUUAUUAACAUAAAUGCAUAGAAUACCUGAAAUUUUCGAACUAUAAGGCAAACAGUUCAGAUUCAAGUUGUUACAGCGUAUGCUGUCCUCCUGCCCAGAGUUUAUAUUCACUCCCAUAUAAGGACUUAUUGCAAUCCUUGACGUAUAAACAAUAUAUAUAUAUAUAUA